GGGACGACGCUCAACAUGAACGAUUGUUUGCACACCUCGGCGGAAAACUUAUCUAAACUAGUGAAAUGGGCUCACAGCCAUGGAACUAUCUGCACACUCAUUCCCAACCUGAAGCACUUGCUUACGGAAGGCGCACAUGGCAGCCUCACAGCACUUUGGGGUUGCAAUGCUGGUCAUGCAUACCAUUGGCCUUUAAUGAGUUCCUGUAAAACAACCCAUAAGGACCGAAUGUUGUACCAGAGCAGCCGAGGGAUCAGUUCGGACACACUUCUACAGAGUGCCACGGCCAUGCAGAGCAGCUCUGCAGAAAGGUUUCUGGGCAGUGGGGCCAAAAACAAAGGUGACUCCAACCAAACCCAAGACUCCUGUGACUUCUCCAACUGUAGCGAACCGUCUGAAAUGGACGACAAUGCGGAGGAGUACAACAACCACCUGUUUGACAUUGUCUGCGAGUCUUCUGCCACAGAUGAAGAGGGAGACUCUGAGCCAAGGGCCACUGACAGGAAAAGGGGCCCCAAAGGGCCAGCGUCCGGAGACUGUGGUGAUACUGGAGCGAAGAAGAUCAAGCAAGAGCGAGCUGAAGACUAUUACACUGUGGCUAACGCUCAAAUCCCAGGUGGCUCAGAGGGUCCUCAGCCUUGUAGUGGGGUGUCCCACUCACCCAGACCGAAUUCUCAGACUAGACCCUCGUCCAUAUCUUCAGCCCAUCACAGGCCAUCCUCUAUGGAUGGGGAUUCAGUGGGAGUAUCUUCAUCACCACUGGAAAACAUUUCACCAUCUCUGGCCAAACCAGCACAUGCUCCUGUAAGCGGUUCCCAGAGCAGAACACACAUGAACUCCAACCCAGCAGCCAGUCAGAGUGCAGCAUCCACAAGCCGACCUGGAAAGAGUGACCUGGUGGAAAGCCUUCCCAAUGGCGACUUUGAGAUAUCGUUUGGAGAUUCAUCGGUCACGGGUAACCCCGAGAUGGACAUUCUAGCAGAACAGGCUCUCGGCGCAGAAGCAAAAGGGGACGGCACAGUGCCUUUUGCUAUGUAUGAGAUAGAGAAGCUGAAGGCUCUUCUGCAGGCUGAGAGGAGUAAAAGCGUGAUGCUCGGGGAAACCAUCAGCAGUCUCAAACAGGACAAAGAGCUACUGCAGCAGGAACUUAGUAAAAAGGCAGAGCUUAUCUGUGAAUUCCUCCAAGACCAACUCCGGCCAGAAAAGAGACGAGGUCAUCCUUCCAGUCAGAUGGAGGCGGGAAGCUCCCAUCAGCUGAUUGGUUCGUUCCCUGAGGAGGGCGCUCCCUUUGAGCCACCAGCACUUUUUGACUCCUUUGAAGAGGUGGAGCUGCAUCCAUUAGACCGACAGAGGACCAUCAAGAUUUCUUCUAAGAGAAACAGGGAUGGAGAGAACACUCGAGUCAGAAUGAAAAAUGUUGUUGGGGUGAUCGCUCGCUACAUGACUGCUCUGCAGGAGUUCCGUCGGAGUGUCUCCAUGAAAGUGGCCUUCGACCGGGUUGGAGUGGACCGUAACACCAUCUCCAGGACAGCGGCCAUCGCAGAGCUCAGCCUGGCUGCUCCAGAGGUCUUCCAUGCCCUGCCUCCUUGGGACGAAAAGGAGGAGACGCUAGCCCACUACGCAAGCAGGUGCAAGCAGGCAAUGGAUGACAGCAUCAAGGCCAAGAUCAAAGCCAUGAAGGCAAAGGGGGAACUUUUACCAAUCGUCAGUAAAUAAAGCUCACCUAUGGAUAUCUUUGUCCACAUUAUGUGAGGGACAUUCUAAAAUGUUUAAUGUGAAAAAAGGCUGACUGUGACUUAAUGUGCUAAAACAGUGACCUAGUCGAACAAAUUUCUCACAGCUUACUGGUCACAAACAUCUGUUGUCAGAAGAAAAAAGCUAAUCUAAAAACUAACUUAUUUUUAUGUUACAUGUUGUUCUCUCCAUUCAAAUCCAAUUAUAAUGAUUUUAAUGUGGGUUAAUGUACUAAAAUAUUGACCCAGGAAACCACCAUUUUAUCAUAACCAUCAUCAAACAAUUAAAUGUGUAUCUUUUAGUAAACAAAUUAUUUAAGAAAUUUCAGUCAGGUUUUCAUUCUAAACAUAGCACUGACACAGCAUAAAUGCUGAUGGGCAAAAUCCAGUUGAUCGCAAGGUUCUAGUCCACCAUCUUAAAAACUGGGAAGGCCUCACAGGCGCCGUUUUAGAAUGGCUUCAUCCAUCAAAAACAUUCUUGUGGAGUCCCACAAGGCUGGGUUUUAGGGCGUUUAGGUUCUUUAGGGCUUUUCUUUUUGUUACCUCUAAUUAACGUUGCCAAGAAGAAUUACAUUGUACGUUUUUUGUACAAUUGUUCGUUUCCACUCCUUCUGAAAGUCUAGACACUGACAGGCUUGGCAGAUAGAAAAAAAUGUAAAUACCGAUCCUUGGUACUAAAACUCAGAGAAAAAUCUUUGUGAGAACAAGGCUCUUUUAUUUAAUACACUAAGCCUGAAGUACAAAACCUGGAUGUACUUUUAGUUCUUUUAUCCUGCACAUAGACACAGACACUAAAGACAAUUUUUUAUCAUCGGCGAUACUGCUAAAUAGAAGUAUUACAAAAGUUCAUCCUUUUCUAUUCCAGAGUGAUGCAGUGAAACUUGCAUUUGUUACAUGCAGAGUUGAUUAAUGUGAUGCUCUUUUAACUGGGUUUAUGGGUUUCCCCCUCAUUUUGAACAAACUGCAUUUUUCUGCCUGGACCCUUUAAGAUGGAUUUUACAGUUAUUUUACUAGUUAUUAAAGCUCCAACUGGCCUUAAAUCACCUGCAUACCUCACAGAAAACCUGUUUAUGUUCAAGCUCCUCCAGCCAUGAAGAGGCUUUUUCUAUUAUUAUGCUUCAGAGCUUUUAUGAGACAGUCAAGCUCAGUGCACACUUUUAAGAAACAUCUGAAAAAGUCUUUUUAUUUUAGCUUUUAAUUUAAGCUAUAAACCUCAGCAACUUAUAUAGUAAUAUAGGGUAUUGCUGCUUCUAGGUCAUUGUUUAGUAAAUUAAGUCAGGUUUUUUUUCCACAUUAGGUGUUUUUGAGUGCCCUAUGUGAUGCCCUCUAAGUGACCUAUCCUACUUUUUCCAUGCCACUUUAACCCAUUUCUCCUGUUGCCUCUGCCUUAGCGGGUAAUUUGCAGUUGAGAAACUGCUGACUGUUGAAAAAACACUACAAGUCAGUUACCUUUGGUGUCUAGCUUGGUUGUUAUAGGAGUCUUCACACUAAAGUAUAAGACGUUAUUGUUUUUAUGUGUCUUGUAUUAACUUUGACUGCUAUGACCAGUAUUGACCUCAGUGUCAGACACUCUUCUUUGAUUAUUAGGAGAAUAUUGAUCAGUCCGUUUUUUCCUGAUUAAUGCAUGCUUAUUUGUCACAAACUACAAAGUCUGUGUUUUUUUUUUUUUCCAUGGUGCCUCCCCCCACCAGCCACCCCGCCCCACCCCACACCCGUAACCUUCAAAGUAGUUUCACAUUGUAUUAUCUCAAGGUGAUGAGUGUCACUAUAACACAUCAUAGCUGGUGGUUUCACUGGCUGCCAGUAAUAAACUGGACUUCAAAAAGCUCA